GCGCGGGCGCCGGGGCUGCGGGCAGCGGGCGCGGGCAGCGCGCGGCCGGGCUCGGCGGGGAUGCGCGCGGGGCCCCGGCGCGGGGGAGAGCAGAGCAGGGGGCUCGGGCCAGGCAGCUGACUGCGCCAUGGCCAUCGCACAUCUGGCCACCGAGUACGUGUUCUCCGACUUCCUGCUCAAGGAGCCGCCGGAGCCCAAGUUCAAGGGGCUGCGGCUGGAGCUGGCGCUGGACAAGCUGGUCACGUGCGUGGGCGUGGGGCUGCCGCUGCUGCUCGUCUCGCUGGCCUUCGCACAGGAGAUCUCCACGGGCUCCCAGAUCAGCUGCUUCGCACCCGGCUCCUUCUCGUGGCGCCAGGCGGCCUUCGUGGAUGCAUACUGCUGGGCGGCGCUGCAGCAGGGGGACCCCCUGCAUGGAGACGGGGGGCAGCUGCCCCUGUGGCUGCACAAGUUCUUUCCCUACAUCCUGCUGCUCGUGGCCAUCCUGUUGUACCUGCCUUCCCUCUGCUGGCGCUUCACGGCCGCGCCACACCUCUGCUCUGACCUCAAGUUCAUCAUGGAGGAGCUGGACAAGGUGUACAACAGGGCCAUCCAGGCCGCCAAGAGCGCACGGGCCGUGGACGCCCAUGAUGGUGGCUGCGCAGAGCCUGUGGGCCAGAGCCUGUGGGAGAUCUCCGAGAGCCACUUCAAGUACCCAAUCGUGGAGCAGUACCUGAAGACCAAGAAGGGCUCACGGCGGCUCAUCGGGCUCUACCUGGGCUGCCGGCUGCUGACACUGGUCACUGUGCUGCUGGCCACUGGCUGCCUGGGCUACUACUGUGGGCUGCCUGCGCGCACAGACGAGUUCGCCUGCGGCCUGCACUCAGGACUGCUGCGCAACGCCAGCGGCGUGCCUGAGCGCGUCCAGUGCAAGCUGGUGGCCGUGGGCGUGUUCCGGGUGCUGAGCCUGGUGCACCUGGCUGUGUACGUGCUGUUGGCGCCCGUGGUGCUUUACUCGCUGCUCGUGCCCCUGCGCCAGCGUGCCCACGUGCUCCGCGUCUAUGAGAUCCUGCCCACCUUCGAUGUGCUGCAGCUGCAGCCACAGGGCUACACUGACCUGAGCCUGUACAACCUCUUCCUGGAGGAGAACGUGAGCGAGCUCAAGUCCUACAAGUGCCUGAAGGUGCUGGAGAGCAUCAAGCGCAGUGGGCAGGGCAUCGACCCCAUGCUCCUUCUCACCAACCUGGGCCUCAUCAAGAUGGACGUGCUGGAUGGCAGGGCCCGCCCACGCAGCCCCCCACCCACGGGCCCGGCCGGAGAUGCACAGGACGGCCAGGCGCGCGAGACCACAGAGGAGACACAGGCCAACAGUGAGGAAAAGAACGCCCGGCAGAGGCUCCUCAACAGCUCCUGAGCCCGCUCGCCAUCAGGUCUGUCCAGGGACGUCCCGGCCUGGGGGACACUAGCCCACAUCCCGGCAAGAUGCAGAGACACGGCUAACACACAGGCCGUGGCCAACCUGUCUGGGAGAAGGUGCCGCACCUGUGUGCAGAGCCGAAUAUGCCCCUCAUGCUCAGGACGCCCGGGGACUCCGGUGGGCACUCCCCCGCCCGCCCCCAGGGCUGCGUUUACCCCGUCAGAUCAGUGUUCUGUGGGAGACAGCUGGGUCCUGGCCUCAGACGAGGGACGCGGUCGGUGGUCUAACUUAUUUUGCAUCGGUGUAUUUAUUGCUGCUGUAUCCCAGACUCAGUCCCAGUGUCGCUCUGUGCACGGGACGAGCCUCCGGGUCUGUGCUCUGCAGAGAUCAGCGGAGAUGUACUUCAGGAGCCCGUGUUUGAUUCUCAGGCCAAGGCGGCCGGCGGCUCCCAGCCUACCUGACCGGACCCUCAGACCUGGCCCACGCCUGGCUAAUGUUUGUGCUUGUACCUUCCCCCGACCCCCAGCACACACAAACACACAGACAUGGGCACCUACCUUCACGGGGUUGUUGGUGGCCCUAUCAUGGCCCCGCGCAUUGCCUGGCUGAAGCCAGUGUUCUGCCUUGGAGCUCAGCGUGGUUACAUGGCAUGGGAGCACAGGCAGGGAGGGGAGGUCGUGGUCUGUCAGGCUGUAUGCUGGGCCCUGGGAAGCAGAGGGAGGCACAGCCCAGCUCUGUGCCAGGGCUUCUUAGAAGGGACGGGUGGAAAAGGGCCAGUGACCAGCUGGACAGGGACUCAUGGCGGGGGGCCCCAAUGGCUGGGGAGUCAGGUGUUACCAUCAGAGCCCAGAGAGAUGCUUAUAGCCCUUGGUCACCCCCACCCCACUCCAUGGUGCUCCAGCCUCUCGUCCCCGACCCUCACUCUCAGGGAUUAAGCCCUGGGGCUCUGGGGCCAGCCAUCCCAGGGGCCACGGUGCAGCAGCAGAGCCCCCCACUUCUGCAUCAAAGCUGCUGGGACCCUCAGGACUGUGAUGCUGAGCCAGGCAGAAGGAAGCGAGAGAGGGAGUCAGAUCAGCACCUCGGACAGCUCCCACACCCUCUGGGCUGCCCCUGACACCCUCCCCAUGCUUCCUCUGAGGCCUCCUGUGUCCAAACUAGCCUGCAGGGGGCGGGCAUAUCCCCCACGUGGCAGGGCUCUGCCUGAGCACAUUCCUGAACCCCGAUGACGGCCUCUUUGUUGUCCAGCUUCCUUCCAAGUGACCGUCCCUCCUGGGUACUCAGCUACGUGCCUCUGAUGUACACCACUACCCUGUCUGACCCCCACAUCGACAUCUGGCACAUGGUCCCUGGACGCCCCCUUUACAUCCAGGGUCAAUGACAGCUCGUGUACACACAUGUGAGUGUGUUUGUGUGUGUGUGUGUAUGCAAGUGUGCGUCCCACUGCACAUGCUUGGGACUCUGACCCCAGCCGCUCCCUCCCGACCCCCGGCUGGAACAUGGAGCAGAGAUGACCUCAUAAGCCUUGUCACUCACCUGGCCUGCUGCCUGUGCUGCAGUGGGACCACCUCCGCCCCCAGGCCUGUAGCUUCCCUGGGUAGAACAAUGGGGUUGUAGCUCACCCAGAGAGGAGGCAGCCGAGCCUCGAGCCCUGCAAGGUCUCCUGGAAACCACCAUCAGCCCUUGUAACAAAGGACAUGGAACUUGGCCAGGGCCUAAGCAAGGCAGUCCCAGCUGCUCCCGACAGUUCCCAUCAGGCACCCAGGGCCAGCAAUGGCAUCUUGCCCCAGUGGGGCCUGAGGGCUGUAGAGGAAAUGCUGGGCCCCCGAAGAAGUGGGGGGGGUGGGCACAGCCUCAUGCCCCCCACACUGGGCCUGCGCCCAUGGGGUCUCAUGGAGCACAGGUGCCCUGUCGGGGACUCUGCCCCAGCACCUUCCCACCCCACAUCUGGAAUCCCCACUGCUAAGAGGUCCCCAGGUUGUGGGGUGUCGCUGGUCUGGUCCUGGUCCGGUGGCCACCUGGGUCCUGCAGUGAUGGACCACCUAGAUUUGCUGGGCAAAUGCCCCACCCUUUCCUCUCCCACCACUCUGCUCCUUGUGCUCAGCUGCUACACCCCUGCAGCCAAGCCCGGAGCCUGGGUACAGCCCUGCAUCUCUGAGUGCCCACUCCCCUUGGGCACAAAGAUGCCCCCUUCCUGCACAUUGGCGGUUUGUCUGGAGACCAUGGACUCAGGACAUUCAAGGCAGCACCUAGAACUAAGCCCAGAGGUGAACCCUCAGAUCUGUGGACACCAAAUCUGACAGGAGCCACAGCAUGAGGUGGAAAGUUGCCCAGACAGAUGGCCAAGAUGGGGCCGAGGAAGCUGGCCAUGUGUGAGGAAGGAGGAAGGAGGACUGGAGCCAUCUCACGUUGUAUGUAAACGCCAACCCAGUGUGGACUGGAGACUGGUCCAGGACCCAUGGACAGGCAUGCUCACCGGAUAUGGGCACCAGAGGUGUCUUCCGAUAAUUUGAGUCCAGAGGCUAAGAUAGCAAAAGCCAAAAUAAAUGUGUUUCA